AUGCUCAGCAAGUUCACUGUCCAAGCAACUAUUCCAAGCCUACUUCGAACACAUAUCUCCCAGCCUACCAGAUACACCUGCCUUCCAGCAUUCAAAAAAUCCUUUUCACCGUCAGCAUCAUCAGCAUCAAUUAGCUCUUCUGCAUCUGCAUGCAGUGGUCGUCUGAGCGGCAAGAAAUGUCUUAUUACAGGCGCAUCACGUGGCAUUGGACGCGCCAUUGCAGCUCGGUUUGCUGCUGAAGAUGCAUCCUGCGUGCUAGUCGGACGAAAUGUAUCCACCAUUGAGAAAGUCGCUGCGGAGCUUGAGGGGAAAGCUCGGCAUCAAACACGUGCGGGAGAUGUCGGAGAUCGUGCUUUUUGGGUAGAGACUGCCAAGGAAUUGAAAGAUAUCGAUAUCCUUGUCAAUGCUGCGGGAAUUACACAUUCAUCUUUGCUCCUCGCAACAAAGCCGGAGCUUGUUGAGAAUAUCUACAGAACGAACUUGCUAGGAACGACAUGGGCAUGUCAGGUUUUUGCAAAGAAUAUGGUUCGGCGAAAGGCAGGAUGUAUAAUCAAUGUAUCCUCUCUUCUGGGCGUCGCUGGCGGUAGAGGCUCUGCAGCAUAUGCAGCCUCUAAAGCAGGCAUACUUGGACUCACGCGCGCCCUAGCUGGUGAAAUGGGCCAGUCAAAUAUCCGCGUCAAUGCAAUUGUGCCUGGAUACAUUGAAACACAAAUGACAGACGAGAAUGCUCGUGCUCAAGCGCUCGAAGCAGUUCCCGCAAAACGCUUUGGAAAACCAGAAGAAAUUGCCGAUGCAGCAAUAUUUUUGGCGCUGAACGAAUACGCUAAUAACUGCAUCAUCAAUCUCGACGGGGGACUGAGCGCCAUGUAGAAAGGAAAGGAUAUUUGAAUCUUUCAACACCAUAUCGCUCCAUAUCCAUAAUUGAACUCCGUUCGUUGAAAAUGAAACAGACGGGAAAGAGAUUUUGUUGUCCAGUGAGGAAAGAAGUUUCGAGGUACGCAUUAAGGUGAAGGGUGCGACCCGUGAACAGAUGCUGGAAAUGCAAACGCAACGGCAGCGUUUAGUCGUCAAUGACAAUGGCACCGUUGCCGGAAUCUUCAACCACGACGAGGUCCUCCUCCACCGCGUGACUAGUCUCUUCGGCGACUUUGCCUCGUUUCUUGAUUUGCUCGUCCUCGAGGCCGAUGUCACUUGCGUUGCGCUUCCUCUUGAGAUCAGCAUUGUCCGCCGCAUUCGGCGCAUGAGCAACGCCAUUGGCCACUGGCGGCGCUGGCUCGACGGCAGGCGCAACUGCUUUGGGCUUCCGGGGAACUUCGACCUUCUCUGGCAGUAAGACUGGUUUAGAGUCCUCGGGUAGCGGCCUGAUGAU